UGUAGAUCAUGGUUUUGAAGCACAACAACCAGUUGCCUAACCAGCACUUCCGCAAGCAAUGGGCCCGUCGUGUCAAGACUUGGUUCGAUCAAGCUGGCCGUAAGAAGUCCAGAAGAAUCGCACGUGUCCAAAAGGCUGCUCGUAUUGCCCCCAGACCCGUUGACGGUCUCCUUCGUCCUGCUGUUCGUUGCCCCACUGUUCGCUACAACAUGAAGUUGAGAGCUGGCCGUGGUUUCACUCUUGAAGAACUCAAGGAAGCUGGUAUUCGUCGUAAGGAAGCCCGUACUAUCGGUAUUGCUGUCGACCAUCGUCGUCGCAACAGAUCCAACGAAUCUCUUGAACUCAACGUUCAACGUUUGAAGGCUUAUAAGGCUAAGCUUAUCGUCUUCCCCCGUAAGGCCGGUAAGGCCAAGAAGGGUGAUGCCGAAGCCUCCGAAGUUGCCGCUGCUGCCCAAUUCCGUGGUCCUCUCUUCCCCGUUGAACAAAUCCCUGCUGCUCCUGAAGCCCGUGAAAUCACCGCUGAAGAUAAGGCUGUCAAUGCUUACGCUAAGCUCCGUGCUGCUCGUGCUGCUGCUCGUACUCUCGGUAUCCGCGAAAAGCGUGCCCGUGAUAGAGCUGAAGAAGAAGCUAACAAGAAGAAAUAAAGUAAUCCAACUUUUUGUGUUUCACUUGUUUAGUUUUAUAUAUAAACUCCUGUUUUUAUAUUCUGUUACGCCGUUGUCUUGUUUGCCUUUGUCAAAUUUACAAUAAAUGAUGUCUCUUUUUUGA